GAAUAAUAAUCGUAGGUAGUAUACUACUGACGACUUUGAAUUGUUGAUUUCAUUUUUAAACACUAAUAAAAAAAAUACUUUUAUUAAGCUCUUGUUCAUUGUUAUAGAAAUACAUAGUUACUGUAGUAGUAAUCAUGGAGGCCGAAUCGGAAGUAAUUAAAGAGAAAAUUCAUACCGAUCCUAUUCUAAACGAUCCACGAUACAUAACCUUAUUAAGUGUGAUAUUGCUAGUUGUUACUUUAGUAUUUUGGUGGUGUUUUUCGAGACGUCGGGCGCAGCGUAACUCUGUCUUACUUACUGGACUCUCAGAUGUUGGAAAAACCCUUUUAUUUGUAAGACUUGUUUAUUCGCAAUACAGACAAACAUUUACUUCAAUGAAAGCAAAUGUUGAAGAGUACAUCACAUCUAAUAAUACAUUGAGAUUAGUUGAUCUUCCUGGGCAAGAGCGACUAAGAAAUAAAUUCUUUGAUCAAUUCAAGAAUAGUGCAAAGGCUAUUGUAUAUGUAGUUGAUUCUGUCACAAUUCAAAAGGAAAUCAGAGAUGUUGCAGAAUAUCUUUAUACAAUUUUAGUGGAUCCAGUGAUUCAGAGCAACUGUCCCCCUUUACUAAUUUUAUGCAACAAACAAGAUCAGCCAAUGGCUAAAGGCAGUCAAGUUAUCCGGAGCCUGCUCGAAAAGGAAAUAAACUUAGUACGCGUUACGAAAUCAAGUCAACUCCAAGCGACAGAUUCAUCUCAAUCAAGCAACACGUACCUCGGGAAACUGGGCAAAGAUUUUGAGUUUUCUCACUUGAGCUGUGCAGUUGAACUUAUAGAAUGUUCAGCCAGCACUGGGGAUGAUGACAAUCCCACAGACAUCAAACCUCUUCAAGAUUGGAUCUCACAUCUGUAGAAAUAGUGCUUUUUAUAUCUUCCUACGCUUCAAGACUUAUUAGGCUAUAAUAUUUACAUGUGAAAAUUUGCAUUUAUAACUAUUUUUGCAAUUAUAAUAUAUUUUUAUAAUAAAA